AUGACUGAAUACAAUCGCAAAUCCAGUUUCAAUAAUCGCAAAAAGAAUUUUAAUCAGAAAACGGAAGGGAAGAUAUCAUCUCUGAAUUGCCUAUCGAACGAAAUCUUCUAUGAAAUAUUUAAUUAUCUUGAAAGUUGUGAAGUUUAUUAUGCAUUUAAUAAUCUUAAUCAUCGUUUUGAACAACUUCUUAAAUCAUUAUCAAUUAUGUUGAAUAUUAAUUCGGAUAAUCUACAAUCAAAAAAAUAUAUUCCAAACAUAUUAAAACGAAUUUUAAAUUUUAAUCAAGGUCAAAUAAUUGUAAUCUAUUUGGAUAUGUCAUUAUCAAUCAAAGAAUAUGUUUCAUUUGAUUCAUCAUUUAAUCGAUUACACUCACUUUAUCUUCACAAUUGUCAAUCGGAUAUACUCAUUCCUUUUCUUACCAAUUUAUCUUGUUUAUCUUCUCUUUCGUCAUUAACUCUUGAUUCAUCCGAUCAAUCAAUAGAUCUAACUGAUAUCUAUCAAAUAAUAUUAACUUUACCAACAUUGAAAAAAUAUACAUUAUUAGCAAACGGUCCAACAUUUUCGUCAUUGUUACCAAUUGCUAAUAUCAAUCAAAAAUUGAGUACAAUUGAACAAAUUGAUAUUAGAAAUCAUUGUAAUUUCAAUGACUGUCUAUCGAUUAUGUCAUAUACACCUCAACUUUCUCAUCUAAUUUAUAUUCAACCUAAUCCUAUUGAUUUUAAUAUUGAAAUUAAUUCUUCCAUAUCUCCAUCAAAAUUAACACAUCUUUACAUCCGUAUAUCAGAUAUGAAGUUCGAUAUAUUUGAAAAAUUUAUUAGUAAAAUUCCAUCGAAAUUAAAAGUUUUAUCUUUUACUACUGAAAGUGAAGAUAUUAAUUAUCUUGAUGCUAAUCGAUGGAAAAGAUUUCUGUUGAAAUAUUAUCCACAGUUAGAAGAAUUUUAUUUACGAUAUCAUACAACACAUUAUGAUAAUUUUGAUUCUGAAAAAAGAAAUAAAUUUCUUUCAUUAUUUUGGAUUGAACGACGAUGGAUAUUCGAAGUCAAAAUGGGAUAUAAACAUAUUCUCUAUUCAAUUAAACCAUACAAAAACAGAUGGUAUGAUGUAUUGCCAAAUGGUAUAUUUCCUUCGUCGUCGAUAUUGAAGAAAUCUUCUCAUUUGACUCUUAUGAAUAUUCAUUCGAAGCAAUGGCGAAAUAUUAAAUAUAUUUUAACUUUAACACAAAUUCAUCAUCUAGCUAUUCCUGUAGAAAAAAUUUUUAUCGGAACAUUAAUGGUGAUCGUAAAUUCAUUACCUGAACUUGUUUCGUUACAACUUCAUUCUUUAUCAUUUGAGCAACCAGAUGAUAUUGAUGAUGAAGAUUUCUAUGGAUUUUUUAAAAAACAAUCUACAAGUAAAAUUAAAAAAGUAUAUGUCGAGAAAAUCGAUCAUAAGGGAGAAAUUGCGUUCCUAUCGACACUUUGUCCUCUUAUGGAAUGUUGUCGAAUAAUAUCAUUCGAAAAUAGUACCGAUAUGAAAUCGUAUUAUUUAUAA